AUGAAGCUUUUCCAGAAUUCGUGCGAUUUUGAGUAUCCAUGGGAACAGGUUACGGCAGCAAACUGGAAAAAAUAUCCGAACGAGGUCUCUACGCAUGUGGUGGCAGUAGAUGUGCUGAGACGGGAGGUAAUGGACGGCGGGAACAAGCUAGUGUCGGAGAGGCUCAUCACGAUCAAGCAGGGCGUGCCUAGAUGGAUCCUGAUGAUGGUUGGGGGCUCGAACGUGAGCCAUGUGCGGGAGAUCUCUACGGUGGACCUGACGACGAGGACGCUGACGCUGCGGAGCUGCAACCUGACGUACUCGAACAUCAUGAAGGUGUUUGAGACCGUGCGGUACAGUCCGCAUCCGGAGGACCGCGAGAACAGGACGCUGUUCGAGCAGGAGGCGCAGAUAACAGCGUACGUGGCGAUCUCGAGGCUCUGCAACAGGAUGGAGGAGUGGUCUGUGCAGAGGUUCCGGGACAACGCGAUGAAGGGCAAGCAGGGCUUCGACUCGGUGCUGCAGGUGUUCAACGAGCACUGGAGACAGCGCGAGCAGUACGUCGACGAGCUGGGGAACUCGAUCGUGAGCACCGUCAACGACACUGUGGAAGACAUCAAGGUCACCGCCGAGGACAUGCUGAAGAAAUCGGAGUGCAAGUCGUACCUGUUCUCCCGCAACUACAGCCUCUUCAAGAACGCUUUCAAGAGGAGCGAGGCGUGA